UCAUAAAGCUGUCCAAUCACAGCUGGCUUUACAUACGACGAUAAAAUGGCGGACGAAAACACGAGUUUGGGAAGUUUGCGGAGCUGUGCCAAGGUUUUAACUGAAUAUGCGACUAAAGGAGAAUUCAUUGUUGAAGUUAUAGGAUGCAGAAGAUUACAGGAAAACCUUGAGAUACUGACAGAGCUGCUGAAAUGUCAAGAAAACAGAACCAGUCUGCCUGAGUCGGUCUUCCGAGAUGCCUCCUGUCUCCUGGAGGCAGUACUGCAGCACCUGGACUCCAGCCCCCCUGAUGGAUGGAGCCAGGGGGUUUUGGGGACUUCCACAGAAUGUUUCAGAUUCCUCAGGAAUUCCUGUGUUUCAUGCCAAGCAAAUCAGCUCAGAGUCUUGAAUGCAGACCUUGUUCCCACCACUUCUGCCAUUGUCUCUCUUCUUGCAAAGCAACCAGAGUUAUCAAAUGGCAGCCUUGAGGCAGCUGAGUUAGUUGUACAGGUAUCUUCAUCCCAAAUGCUGGCUCUACGCUGUGCUGUCCAGUUGCUAGGCAACCUGUCAUCCGGGAACCCAUCGUCCCAAGAGGUUGUGUGGCAGGCAGCAUACCCAGAUGUCUUCCUGUCAGCCCUGGGUUGUCCUGACCCCACAGCAGCAGGGUACUGCUGUAUGGUCAUCCACGUCUGUCUGAAUGAGACCACCAUGCAGCAGCUAGUGUUGGACACUAAGGGCCGUCUCCUGGUGCAGACUGUGCUGGACCUGUGUGAGAGACAGCCUGAUCUAGACUGGGGACUGUUGUUGGUGACUGACAAGUUCCUGAUGUCCAAGUUCUUCCUGCCCAAUGUUUACAGUACACUUCCAUUAGAAACAAGGAUCAUCCUACUUGACAUCAUCUCAGCUAAGAUAGGAGAGAGUGAGAGCAGCGGUCCUGGGAAGGAGGAGGAGCAGUUCCUGCCUGUUUUUGUGUUGGAGUUCCUGGCAGCUGAGUUCCAAGAAAACUUCCAGACAAUCCUGUCUGUAGGGGAGAACACUGAGAACCUGGAAGCAGUGAUUAUUAUGAAACUCCUGAAGGUGCUGUGUCUUGGAACGGGGCAACGGGAGAAAUACAUUGAACUUGUCAGGAUGGAGUCAUUACUAGAGUCUGGUGUAGAAUUACUCAGAUUAACUACUGCAGCUGGUAAACUUGGGGACAACAUCUUCAGCCAGUCACAGAAGCUGGCCCCCCCAGACAGUCCUGAUGAUGUACACCCUGUACAUGGGCUGAAGAGAGACCUCAUACGUCUGCUGGGAAACAUGUGCUUCCAGAACACCUCCAACCAGGACAAAGUUCGAGAGUUGGAAGGUAUCCCUCUUAUCUUGGACCAUUGCAACAUAGAUGACCACAACCCCUAUAUCAGCCAAUGGGCCAUCUUCACGAUACGUAACCUGUGUGAAGGGAACCAUGACAACCAGGCAGUGAUUGCUGGACUUGAGGACAAAGGGCUUGCAGAUAACGUUGCGCUAAAUGAUUUCGGAAUUGAAGUAACUGAGGACGAUGGGAAGUUUGUGGUUAAAUCAGCAGACAAGUGAGAGAUGCAAGUCUGCACACAGAACCAUGGUGUACACUUCUGAACUGCAGAAACACAGGCAAAUCUCUACAGAAUGAAGUCUGUACUUAUCAUCUUCAUUGCUUGUGUUGUGCAAAGCUCAUAAGGCAUGUCAUAACCAACAUCAGAUGAAGUUGUGAGCUCUUAUUAUUCUCUACAUGUUUGUGUAACACAGCGGUAAGCAAAAAGGCUCCAGCUGUAAGAAAAGACUCCACAAUCCACACACAGCUCACAAGUUGGUUGGGCAGGCUCACAAAGCAUCACCAAGUUAGGUACUUUGCAGCACAAGCUUCUUCAGAUACAAAACUGUAUCUUGGCAAUAGCAGGGAGAUCUCUUCACAAGACUCCUCCAUGGUGCUGCCAGAGCACAGGCCUGCAUCUGAUGUGCUCAGAUUGCUUGCACAUGUGAUGAUUUCUAUCUGGUACUGAAGAAAUCUUAGUACGAUUCCCCAUUAAGAAAGAUAACUUAUGAUCUUGGCAUUCAAUAAAUGUGUAAUAUGUACCAACUACAGAUCCAAGAAAAAUAUUCUGUAACCUAUUUAUUCCAAAGAGCAAGAUAAUAAAUCUAAGCUAAUUGUAGGGGAGAUAUAAAUGACUUUUGUACAUAAUUUUAUUUUUCGGUUUUAGUGUUAUCAGAUAGGUAAACUAACAAUGCAAAUGCUGCAUUCCAUAGUGAUUCUUUUGGGGGGACAUAUUAGGGACAUUAUAUGGACCAUACCCAGUAUAUCGAACUGACACGUAUUCCACAGCGAUUUCUGCAAUAUUUUUCUCAAUACAUUCUAAAAAAACUUCAAGAUGUUAUGCAUAAUCUAGUAAACUAUUUCCAUGGCAUACUAGUAAACAAAAAGUAUGCACAUUUUAUUUUAAUAGGGAAGAUAAAUGAUGAAAGCCUGAAACAUGUCUAUACAACUGGCAUUCUAACUGCAGGUUGUGGACUUUUUAUAUUACAGGCUUAUGCAAACAAAAUGGACAAGAGGUAUAGAGGAAACAUAACGGACAUUGGAAUGUUUUUUAUCAAGGAGGUGGGAUCUUUCUUUUACCAUCGUCACCUUGCACCUAAAGACCAAUCAUCACUCCUUUUCCCAUUCAAAUCUUAUGUAUCUCAGUGCCUAUGGCCCAUCAUUACUUUCAUUGCUGUUAGUUUAUAGAAAUGUAUAAUCAUGCAAAACUCUGUACCUGAAGGCAAGAUACAAAACAUGUACCACAUGCAUGCUUGAAAUCCAAAUCGGACAGAAUGCUGAACAUCAAGCUCUACUUAUCAUGCAGCCAUUUUCAAAACUGUGACUAAAAAGUGCAAGAUUUGUCCAUGACUCUUAAUUAUGGUACACAUGCAGGUUGUGUACUACAUGUAUAGCAAAGAAAGCACAAUGAAUAAAGCCAGUAAGUUGGUAAAA